AUGGCGAAAUCUACAGCUCCCUAUGGCACUUGGACCUCUCCCGUCACUCUGGAAGUAAUCCUUAAAAGUGGCAGCAAGGUCGACGAGCUCCUAGCAGAUCCGAUUACAUCUACCAUCUACCACAUCGAGAGGAGACCCGCAGAAGCCGGCCGUACUGUCAUCGUCAAAACUGAGAUAGGCGAGGAUGUGGUAGGAAAGGAGUGGAAUGUACGGACCGGGGUGCAUGAGUAUGGCGGUACCCCGGCAACAGCGUAUGAUGGCAUUAUCUACUUUUCCAACCUCGAAGAUGGCCGAGUGUACAGGCUGAUAGCGGGCCAGAAGCCUGAGGCAGUCACUCCUGAGAACAAGAACCACCGUUUUGCACAGCUCGCUGUUCAUCCCAAGAAAACACACCUUCUUGUCGCGAUCCUUGAAGACCAUACUAAGCCACAGCCUGCGGAUGUCGUCAAUACGCUCGUAGUCAUCGAUACUAAUGAGAAGACUGUGUCCCCUCUAAUCUCCGGUGCCGACUUCUACUCGCACCCGACUUUCACACCAGAUGGGACACACAUAGCGUGGCAGCAAUGGUUCCAUCCUGACAUGAGCUGGGAAGGCUGUGAGAUCGGCGUCGCGGAGGUCCGCGUUGAUACCGCCUCGAUUAAAGUCGUAAAUACGAAGCCAGUCGCCGGGCGGCCCCUCGAUGUCAGUGCGACCUACCCUGUGUGGGCCUCGAACGACCUUUUGCUAUUUGUAUCGGACGAACAUGGCUACUGGAACCCUUGGACGUACUCCGUCUCUUCGGGCAAAGCAUCCGCAGUGCUCUCCAAGCCCGUUGAUGAAGACUUUGCAGAGCCCGGCUGGCGACUUGGCUGGAGAUUUGGCACCCCACUUGACAGCGAGGGAAAGUAUGCCCUCUACACUGCGCUGAGGGAGGGCCGGAAUGUACUCUACCUCAUCAGCCUCCGCACCGGUACGCUGGAGGAGCUCGAGAGUCCAUACGUGCACAUCAACUAUGUCACCCGCGUAACGCACGAUGCGGUGGUGUUCCAAGGGCGGCGUAACGAUGGCGAAGAAAGUACAGUGCUGUGCAACAUCAAGGAGUACGCGAAGCCCAAGUUUACGUCCAUCGGCCCCAGGGCGAACAAGGACGAAUUGCCGUUCGACCGCGCAUACGUGUCGGUGCCGCAGUCGUUUGUGCUCAAGGACCCGGAGACGGGCGAACCCUCCCAUGUGAUCUACUACCCGCCGACGAAUCCCGAGUUUGCUGCCCCCGAUGGAGAGAAACCUCCUGCGAUCUUCAACGUUCACGGUGGUCCCACAAGUCGAACUUCGCAGGGACUAAGCUACCAGCGGCUAUUCUAUACCACGCGCGGAUGGGCAUGGGUGGACGUCAACUAUGGCGGCAGCAAUGGUCAUGGACGCAAAUAUAGUAAACGACUUGAAGGGCGGUGGGGUAUUACCGAUGUUCGAGACACCGUGGUCGCCGUCAAGCAGUUGUCAUCGGAGCCAUACUCCCUCGUCGACCACCAGCGCACUGCAGUCACAGGCGGCUCUGCGGGCGGUUACACCGUGCUCAAGACGUUAUGCUCGUGCCCGGAUGCGUUCGCGGCUGGGACAUCUUCAUAUGGCAUUUCGGACUUCUUCAAGCUUGCAGAAUUUACGCACAAGUUCGAGAGCCAGUACCUGUUUAAGCUCGUAGGAGGCACUCCAGAGCAGGUUCCGGACGUGUAUAAGGAGCGGUCACCCGUGUUCUUGGCGGGAAACAUCAAGGCUCCGCUUCUGGUCCUCCAAGGCUCGGAAGAUGCCGUGGUACCUCCAAACCAAGCGGAGGGCAUCGUCGAAAACAUCAGGAAGCGUGGUGGUCGUGUCGAAUAUACCGUCUUUCAGGGAGAAGGUCACGGGUGGAGAAAGGAGGAGAAUAUCCGUGCCGCGCUCGAGAAGGAGCUCGCGUUCUACGAGGACGUGUUUGGUUUGCGGAAGUGAAUGGUUUCACAUGAACAACUGCAUCGAUGCUACCUAAAUCAUCCCUCGUGCCCAAUCUCGUCUACUCUCAGACAGUCAUUUCGUUGCAGCCAGUGAGGCCAUGGCUCAUCCAAUGGUUUUGUCUUCAGAUAUCGAGAGAGCGGACGAAGCAUUAGCGGUGAGUACAUUAAUGCUCGUGGUGAUUCGGGACUUCCUGUAGAAGCUGUACUGCCACUGCUUGGCGUCAUCCACCAGGGAUUUCUAUACAAUCUC